GUUCUCCCCUGCUUCCUCACCUAGAGAGGGCCGGAGAACAGGCUGCCUGGGUGAGCGGCCCCUGAGCUCCAGCCUGGGCUGGAUGCUUGCUAGCUGACCCUUAAUUCUUAGCAAACUUUGGGUCCUACACCCAAGCCCAUGUAGAAAGAGGACAGUGGCUUGGAGGUGUGCCUGGGUUGCAGAGGGAAGGCCAUAGCCUCCCUCCCGCCUGUCUGUCCAAAACCCAAACACAGCACCACCAGCAGCAUCCCCUACACCUCGCCCACCCAUCCAGCAACCUCCCCUUUUCCAGAGACCAGGCUGCUCUGUGAGCACCCUGCGCAGGGAAGGCAGGUGCAAUGAUCAACUCCCCAUUCCUGGAGCUGUGGUGGCCCAAGGCCAUGUCCAUCCGGAAGGGGCUGGGCCUCGGGGACAAGCCCAAUGACUCCUACUGCUACAACUCAGCCCAAAACAGCACCGUGCUCCAGGGUGUCAACUUCGGAGGCAUCCCCAUUGUCCUGCUCAUCGAUGUCUGCUGCUUCCUGUUGUUAAUCUUGGUGUUUUCGAUCAUAAGAAGAAGAUUCUGGGAUUAUGGCCGCAUUGCCCUGGUAUCGGAAGCAGACAGAUUACAGAGAUUGUCAUCAACUUCCUCCUCGGGGAAGCAAGACUUGGAAAGUGAACUGGGAUGCUGCCCCUGGCUGAUGGCCAUCUUCCGUCUACACGAUGACCAGAUCCUGGAGAGGUGUGGAGAGGAUGCCAUCCACUACCUGUCCUUCCAGAGGCACCUCAUCUUCCUGCUGGUGGCAGUCAGUGCCUUGUCCCUGUGCAUUAUCCUGCCCGUGAACCUCUCGGGAGACCUGCUAGACAAAGACCCCUACAGUUUUGGAAGGACAACCAUAGCAAACCUGGAGACCCACAAUGACCUGCUCUGGCUGCAUGCUGUCUUUGCUGUCAUCUACCUCUCCCUCACUGUGGGCUUCAUGCGGCACCACACCCAGUCCAUCAAGUACACAGAGGAGACCCUGGUUAGACGGACUCUGUUUAUCACUGGAAUCCCUAAAGAUGCCAAAGAAGAGAAUGUGGAGAGGCACUUCUGGUAAUGGGGCUAGAAUGUGAACAUGGCAGGAGCACAGUGAGUCUGUUCCCACAGCGUGGGCACAAUAGCUUGAUUCCAGGUCAGAGCAGAGAAGGCCUUGGUCCUGUGUCUGAGUAUUAAAUGACAGCCUGGUGCAGCUCUGCCUGUGCUGGGCAUUGGAACUGCCAGGUGGUCCAUCCUCCACAGACAGUCAAGUCUGCUCCACCUGACCUGUGUCCAGAGCACUGGCCAGGUAUAGUGCAAAUGCCUUGAGAGCACAUGGGAACGAAAUGUUCGUUCCUGGUCUGAGUAUUUGCUCUGCACUGUUACAGAACCAUGAGCCAAGCUUUUCUGCUGAGAUGGCGUCCACUCAGGGACGACCUUGACUUUGCGGCUUGGCCCCUAUCACACUCAUACCUACUAAGGUCCAUGCUCUGCUCCCAGAGCUGCUUUGUGGCAGCAGUGUCUGUACUCAUUAUGUCUUCCUCAGAACCCUUAUUGGAACCUUAUGUCUAUGUGUCAGCUCUCACUGAAAUGUGAGCUUAUCCAGGUUCUGUUUCCAGUACUUAGAUAGUAUCACCUGGAGACUGGCAUGGUCCUGGAAAUCCCAGAAAUCUGUGUCCAACUUUGUGUGUGUUACAGGUAUUGCAUGGUAACCAUUAACAUUGAUCUUGGAACUGGGCUGUCUGGAUUAGGCUUCUGGCUCCGACACUCCCUACCUGUGUGACCUUGGGCCUUGGUAUUCUCAUCCCUCACAAGUUUUGAUGAAGGUUGUAUAAGGAAAUGUAUAGUAACAGUACCUAGCCCAUCCUCAGUGCAUAACCUUUUGCUAAUUGUCAAUAUGUGCUUAGACAUUUUCUGGGCUAAAGGUCUCUUACUAUCAUUAGACUCUAAAAGUCUGUAACCUUCAAAUAAGUACAUAUUAACAUAAACAAUAAAGCUCUUCUCUUGAGUAGUUAGGAUAAUGGGUGUGGUGCUGAGUGUAACAUCCAGGACUCAGACCCUGUGAAUACCAUUGAGCAGACCCCAGCCCUAAGCAGUGGCAUCUGAUGGAAAGCUGACUGUGCAUAUGCUUGUCACUUUGAGGGAGUUCCCUUCGUGAUACUAAAAUAUGCUUACUGCUUCACAUUGUGGUUCAUGCUUGUAAUCCCAGGAUUCAAGAGGCUGAGGCAGGAAGAUAGCCAUGAGUUUCAAUCCAG